AUGUCAUCUGCCCGGAAGCUAAAGUCACUAAAACAGAUUCUGCUAAUACAACAAAAUUUUGUAUUUCAACUCGCAAUCGGAAUUUACUACGUCACCACUUUAUUGGGCAUUACCUCAUUCGUUUUUGAUCGCCGCAAGGCUGGCCGCCAGCAGCGCGCCAACUAUGAAGGGGGUCAGCAGCGUCGCCUGCUCUAUCCGCGUUUACGUAUAUCAAGCGCGCUUCGUUGGUACAGCUUGAUGUUGCUGCUCUUAACCAUCGCAUUGACCCCUUUCGCCACCUACACACUCUACACUCAAAUGUAUUUUCUCAGCCUAACUAAGCUGCUGUCCGUUAUUGGCCAUAUGCGUUUUACAAUUUUACAAGGAUUCGCCGUCUUCGUGAUGCUACUGAAUUUCCGCACGCAAUGCCGCUCCGUACGUUUUCUCAACCGUUGGCUAGGCAUGCAGUAUACGCUACAUGAACUCGCCUGCAGCUUGAAGCAUAUGCGCGCCGUAGAUAUUACACGACGUUUACAGUUGUUGGAUCAACGUAGUUGUGUGCUGCUAAUCGCCAAGUUGCUGCUUAUGUUACUGACACCAGCGCAUCUCUGCUAUGUGGCGAAGGGCGAACGUGCGCUCCAUCGGCCAGCGCUGUUAGCUUCGAUGCUCAUCAACUACUAUUGCGUUUUGGUGUUGCAAAUGACGAAUGUAUUGUUUUCGGUGUGCGCCAUAAGAGUGGGCCACUAUGGCCAACAGAUCAACGUUUUAUUGCGGCAAGCGCUUGAAGUAGCCGAUGAGCGCUUAAAUGGCCAGCGUCCACUUAACUGCACUAGCCGUCAACGUGUAUUUAACCUUAGCGAAGUGAUAAGUCGCCUCCAUCGCUUGCAUACACGAAAUGUGCUGCUGAGUCGUGAGCUAGUGCGAAUCUAUUCUCCAAUGCUGCUUACUUUCUUCUUCUCCGUGUUCAUGGUUUGCAGCAUACAGUUGUUUGUAUUUUACUUUGCGACUUGCACCCGAUUUGGUGCCAACUAUAGUACAGGCGGUGUAAUCAGUUCGAAUGUGCUUAGCGAUAAGUGUUCCUCACCCAAUUUUAUGGGAUUGAUGCAAGUGUUCGCUCUGCUACCGGAUAUGUGCGUGGUAGUGUUUAUUAGCCAUCUGAUGCAAUCGUAUGUUGCAGAUACGAAUGUUAUUCUCGCAGAGUAUGCUUUUCGAUUGCCGGCACCGCGCGGCAUUUGCACUAGCCAAUGCUGUGAAGUACAAUUGGAGGCGGCGCUGUCAGAAUUUUCGCUAUAUUUGCGAAUGGAGCAGCAGCAACGCUACAAUCUUGGUCAGGAGUAUGCCUUUUUCAUGACAUGCGGUCUAUUUGCACUAGAGCGUCGCUUGAUAUUUGAGAUUUGCGAAACAAUUUUAAAUUACUUAAUCAUACUUGUACAAUACUAUGAU